AUUGAAUCCACUGCCUCCAAGCGAAUUGUUAAAUUAAAAAUGUCUUUGUUAGCAAAGUGGCUAACCACGCCAAUUUUACAACAAAAGUGUAAAUUUCCAACAAAGAAGUGGGGCAGGAAUAAAUCGAUGUUAACUUCACCCACCUUCUUUGCCGUUCAUCGAAAAAUAUAGCAAUUUCGAUCUACCUUGUUUAUCCCUUUCAUGUUUUUGCCUCACAAACAAACAAGUAAUACGUAUCAGUACUGUGCUUCCACCCUCAUCCUCCAUUAAUGCAUCAACGAACUUUCGACCUCAAUCGACACAGUCCCAUACCCAAUUAUGGGGUAUCUUACUCUCACCCAUUAUUAUACCAAAACCCUAGAAUAAGAAUUUCCGACUUCAAAACCAACUGCUACACUCACCAUAAUCAUGUCAUUAGGACUCAUGUCCCUGUUAAUUGCAUAAGUUAUGGACUUGAUGUGUCCGUUUCGAAGCAUCGCCGUCUUUCUUCCGUCAAUUUCUCCGGAAAGAAAGAAUUUGAUGUCGCCACCCUUGGAAACCUAUGUGUUGACGUUGUGCUUAAUGUUCCCAAUUUGCCCCCUUCGUCCUUUGAGGAACGUAAAAAUUACAUGGAACAGCUUGCUAAAUCGCCUCCUGAUAAGAAACACUGGGAAGCUGGUGGUAACUGCAACAUGGCUAUAGCAGCAGCAAGAUUGGGACUUGGUUGCAUUGUGAUUGGUCAUGUUGGGGAUGAAAUAUAUGGAAAAUUUCUCUUGGAUGUUCUUCAAGAUGAGGGGAUUAAUCUGAUAGGGAUGAGAGAAGAGGAUGAUAUAAUCAACAGUUCCAGUAGUGCAUACGAGACACUUUUAUGUUGGGUCUUGGUGGAUCCUUUACAAAGACACGGGUUUUGCAGUCGAGCAGAUUUUAGCAAGGAGCCUGCAUUUACUUGGUUGAGAGCAUUAUCUGAUGAAGUAAAGAGGAAUAUACAAAAGUCGAAAGUCCUUUUCUGUAAUGGGUAUGGCUUUGAUGAGCUUCCUGCAAAUCUGAUUACUGAUGCCCUUGAGUAUGCUGUUGAAGUUGGAACAUCAGUCUUUUUUGACCCUGGACCAAAGGGAAAGUCUCUUGCUAUUGGGACACCUGAAGAACAAGAAGCACUUGCUAAGUUGCUGAGGUUUAGUGAUGUUCUUCUUCUAACUUCAGAGGAGGCUGAAUCAAUGACUGGGUUGGAUAACCCAAUAGCAGCUGGAAAGGAGUUGCUAAGUAAAGGAGUCCGAACAAAAUGGGUGAUCAUUAAAAUGGGAUCAAAGGGCUCUAUUUUAAUCACCAAAUCAAGCAUUUCAUGUGUGCCUUCAUUCAAGGUGGAAGUGAUGGACACGGUUGGAUGUGGAGACAGCUUUGUGGCUGCGAUUGCAUUUGGUUACAUACACAAGAUGCCAUUACUUCAUACAUUAACAAUAGCCAAUGCAGUGGGUGCAGCAACAGCCACCGGUUGUGGGGCCGGGAGAAAUGUUGCAAACUUACAAAAAGUCAAGCAGCUCAUCAAGGAGUCAAACCUCAAUGAAGACCACACUUUUUGGAACAAAUUAUUCCAUGAAAAUUUGAACAAAAAGGAAGACAUCACAAUUCUGUCAAAAACAACAGCAAACAAUGGAUUUCUUAAACAUGUAACCCUUCAAAAGGUGGUUAGUGAGGUUCUUCAUAAGCUUGAGGAAGCCCUAAAAAGACAAUCCAUACCCCUACCUUCUCAUUCUUCGUUUUCCCCUUGUGCCCUUGUUGCCCUUUUGCUUCAAAAUUUCUGUGUUCCCCAUCCCUACCCUCAGCCCUCUUUCAGAUUUUCGAAACUUUUAGCACUUAGAACGUCAAGCUGUGUCGUGAAAUUUGGUUUUUAUUAUCGCUUGAUCCGUUGGAGGCUCGGUUUUCUAAUUUUUAUCGCACCUGGAACCUUCAAGGUUUGGUCUAGAUUGAUGCUUCUUGUCCUCCGGAACUAGUGACUUUUGUGAGAGUAAUAUCAUGGAAAACCAUGACAUGAUUGUUGGAUCAAGGCCAGACAUAUCAUCCCUUCAGAACCAAUUAAGACACGAACAGAAUUUCGUGGGCAGACAGAAUCCGAAUCAGAAUCAUACCUCUGAACUGGGACAGACACAGAACCUCAAGCAUGAAACCGAAUUAGGAGAGAACAAUAAUCAUCGCAUAACUCUAACACAACACCAUGAUCAUGAUCAUGAACUACUUCUAGACCAUGAAAUUGCAACCAUGUCACAUCCACAUAAUCAUGGAAACGAAGCCACAACCGAAUUCGAUGACACCAAUCAACAACACGACAACAACAGAUACGACGAUGGUGUCACAAAUCCCGAUUCCCAAUUAGUCCUAUCAGAUCAAUGUCAUGAGAUGGGUUUAUCCAACGAUCAUGGAUUACCCGUUGUGGAUAACAACCACGAGCUUGUAGUACACCAGAACACUGCUGACAUGGGCGUAGUAGUACCUCUACCUCUAUCUUUUCACAGACCCGAUCUCGUCCUCACAACUCCAGUAAUCCAAAGCCGAACAGUGGCUCCUCCAAACUACGAAUUAAUGGUGGGUCAAGAGUUUCCAGAUGUCGCCAGCUGUCGUAGGGCUUUAAGACACACUGCAAUCGCUCUUCACUUUGA